AUGACGCUGCAACUUACCAACUCCCGAGCCAGUCUGGUAGCAGCGAUACGCAAGUUCCUACCGCCACUUUCGGUUCCUCUCUACAAGGGAAGAAUCGCGGUUGUUGGUGGAAGUGAAGAUUAUACUGGUGCUCCUUACUUUGCUGGAUACUCGGCUUUAAGAGUGGGAGCUGACUUGUGUCAUAUCUUUUGUGAAAGAAAUGCUGGGACCGUCAUCAAAACAUACUCACCAGAACUCAUUGUGCAUCCAUAUCUACUUACAACCGAUCACAUAACAUCCGACUACGAAACGAUUAUAUCCAAAAUCGUAUCUCGAGUCACAUCUGUCUUCCCAAGACUUCACGUCGUGCUAGUCGGUCCCGGCUUAUCACGAGAUGAUGCCAUGAUGCAAUGCGCAACAAGAGUCAUUAAGGCUGCGAAAGAUUUGAACAUGCCACUCGUCAUUGAUGCUGAUGGUCUGUUUCUUAUACAAAAUGAUCCAAGCAUCAUUUCUGGAUACCCUUAUGCUGUAUUGACUCCUAAUGCUAAUGAGUUUGCAAGGCUGUGUGAAGUCAUGAAAGUCAACAAUGUGGAACCAGACCAGCAAGUGAUGAAAUUGAGUCAAGCAUUAGGAAACGUGACGAUAGUUCAGAAGGGGGAAGUGGAUAGGAUAUCGAAUGGUGUUGAUGUCCUGACAUGCGACGCCGAAGGAGCUCCAAGACGUUGUGGUGGACAAGGAGACUUGCUAUCAGGAGCAAUCGCAGCCUUCUUAGGAUUCGGGAAGGCGUAUGCUUCAAAUGCGUGGAGACACUCAAACGAAUUGAACGGAGACACGUUUCUAUCACGAAGCUUACCACUCCUGGCUGCUUACGGAGCUUGUUUGUUAGUGAGAGCGUGUGCGAAGGAAGCAUACAAGAAACGAGGGAGAGCUAUGAUGGCUAGUGACAUGAUUGAAGAAGUUGGACGACAGUUUGCACAUGAAUUUGAUUCACCAAUUGAUUCGCCACUGAAAUUAUAG